CCAGGACAGGGGGAGGCGCAGCUGCAGAACCGGGGAGCGCUCUUCCUGCCUAGACACGGCCUCUCCUUCAACUUCGCCCGGCGACCCCGCGCUGGGUCCUUAUGGCCAACUAUGAGUUCAGACCGGUGUCCGGGAACAAACCCUGCUGCCCGCUCUCCAGAAGGGCCCAGGUCUGUCUUGGCGUCGGUCUCCUGGUCUUGGCCGUCGCCGUGGUGGUGGCCGUGGUGGUCGGAGUCCUGCCGGGGCGCCAGCCGCCCCAGCCCUUGGAGUGGAAGGGGCGAGGAACCACCAAGCACUUGGCUGAGAUCGUCCUGGGGCGGUGCUUCAUCUACACGCAGGUGGUGCGGCCGGCGAUGAGAGAUGUGGACUGCCACAAGAUAUGGGAAGCAUUCAAAAACGCAUUUCUUUCAAAGAAUCCUUGCAACAUUACGGAAGAGGACUACCAGCCACUGAUGAAGCUGGUAUCGCAGACCAUCCCUUGCAACAAGUCUGUCUUUUGGAGCAAGACGAGUGAGCUGGCCCAUCAUUACACGUGGAUCCGGGGGGAUAUGUUCACCCUGGAGGACACGCUCCUGGGCUACCUUGCUGACCAGCUGUCAUGGUGCGGAGACCCCGGCACUUCUGAAAUGAACUAUCAAUCUUGCCCACACUGGAAGAAAGAUUGCCCAAACAACCCUGGGUCAGUAUUCUGGAAAUUGGUUUCCCGGAGGUUUGCAGAAGCUGCCUGUGGCGUGGUCCAAGUCGUGCUCAAUGGCUCCAUCAGUAACACCUUUGACAGAAACAGCACUUUUGGAAGUGUGGAAAUCUUCAAUUUGAUUCCAGAAAAGGUUCAUACACUACAGGCCUGGGUGAUGCAUGAUAUCAGAGGAGGUUCCAGUGAAUCAUGCCAGCGUCCCCCCUUAAGUGACCUGAAAUUGAUUAUAAGCAAAAGGAAUAUUACAUUUAUCUGCCAUGAUAACUACAGGCUCAUCAGGUUCAUUCAGUGUGUGCAGAAUCCUGAGCGUGCCCCUUGCAAUGCUGCAUUCUGAGCCGACCAAAUUUGUUCCUGAGUGUCCACCAACACACGUCACUCACAGACUCACUAGUGGAGACCUGAAGAUUUUGGAGGGUCCUCUGUUAUAUCCUCAGCACUUAAAGAUGGAACUCUUUUUUUCCCCAAAGCCUUAGAACAACUUACGUUAUCACAUAGCUUUUAUUGUGAUCGACUAAUAUUCAAGAAAAAAAUUAUUGUAUAAAAUUAGAACAAAUGUUCUAUACAGGGCAGCCAUAUAAUGUGUGCAAUUUAAAAUCGUUGUCUAUUUUAAAUCGCACAAAAACUUUAUGGCCACUCUGUAUUAUUUCAUUUUUUUGGUGAUGUUUUUAUAUUGUUUUUAUACUGGUAAAAUUCUUGCUACUGACAAACGACCACAACAACCCUCUCCUCUUAGAACAAGCAAGUCAAAAUAAAUAGUAAAUAAAUAAAUAAAUGCCUGGGUUUUUCGGAAAAUGUUACAUUUCCAAACAAAUGACUUGGUCUCAUAAUAUAUUUUUGUGCCCUUCCUACAGAUAGUCACAUUGCAAGCUCCAUGGCCAUGGGUCGUGUUGGGGAACAGUAUUUCAUAGGAUAUAAGCUACUCAUGGACUUGGUACUGUUACUUCUAACCUUUCUUUUUUUCUUUUUCUUUUUUUU